CCUCCCCGUGCUCCUGAGAGGGAGGCACUGACGGCGGCGACAGCGCUGCGACCAUGGCGAUGGAGGCGGAAUACGCGCACGGCAGGUCCAACACGGUCUCGAUGGCGGAGGUGCCGGAGGUGACCGGCUCCGUGGCGCCGCCGCCCGUCAGCCGCAUCAUCAAGGAGGGCUGGCUGUACAAGCGAGGCGAACACAUAAAAACCUGGCGGCCACGCUACUUCACCCUGUUCGACGACGGCAAGCUGCUCGGCUUCAAGAUGGCGCCGAACGCCGGCGACUUUAGCUCGCCGCUCAACGACUUCAACGUGCGCGACAGCCAGGUGAUGGUGUCGGACCGGCCAAAGCCGCACGCCUUCAGCAUCCGCGGCCUGCAGUUCAUGUCUGUGAUCGAGAGGAACUUCCAUGUCCAAUCGGACAAGGAGAGGGAUGAGUGGACCCAGGCCAUCUCGUACGUGAUCAACAAGCUGGCGGAGGAGGACCGGGGCGCGGCUGACGUCGAGAUGGGCCGGUUGGCCGAGGAGGACGACUUCUCGGCAAAGUUCAUGGCCAUGUCCACCACGCAGAGCAAACACUCAGGCAAAAAGAAAGUGACUCUCGACAACUUUGAGUUUCUCAAGGUGCUCGGCAAGGGGACGUUCGGCAAGGUGAUUCUGUGUCGAGAGAAGUGCACGGGCCACCUGUACGCCAUCAAAGUGCUCAGGAAGGACGUGAUCAUCGCCAAGGACGAGGUCACGCACACGCAGACGGAGAAACCGAGUGCUGCAGCGCACAAGCCACCCCUUCCUCACGCGGCAUGUGCGACGGCCGAGGAGCGUCGGAGAUCCCGCACGGCUCGUGCGCAGAGGCCCCCAGACUGA